AUGAAAAUUGAUAAAUCCCCUGGGCUAGAUGGUUUCAAUCCUGGUUUUUUCCAGCAGUAUUGGGAUAUUAUAGGAGAUGAUGUAUCUAGUUUUUGCAUUGAGUGCCUGCAUUCUGGGUCUAUUCCUCUGAAGUUGAAUGAGACGGCUUUAGUUUUGAUUCCAAAGAAGUUUGUGCCUGAGCGAAUGAGCGACUUGCGUCCUAUAGCCCUCUGCAAUGUGGUCUAUAAGAUCAUCACUAAGAUGAUAGUUAAUCGGCUUAAGUCCCUUCUGCCCACCAUCAUCUCGAAGAGUCAGAGUGCUUUUAUUGCUGGUCGAAGUAUUCAGGAUAAUAUAAUCUUAGCUUUUGAGGCCUUGCAUGGUUUUAAAGUGCAUCAAAGGAAAAAAGAGUUUUCUGGGGCCCUCAAAAUGGAUAUCAGCAAGGCCUAUGAUAGACUUGAGUGGGGUUUCAUUCGAGAUAUGCUUCUUCGGCUGGGUUUUGAGCAACAAUGGGUUGCUUUGCUGUUCUCUUGUAUCUCCACUGUUCGUUAUUGGAUCCUGCAUGAUAGCAAGGAGUUAGGCCCUAUUGUUCCUACAAGGGGAUUGAGGCAAGGAGACCCCUUAUCGCCGUACUUGUUUAUUCUUUGUGUUGAGGGGCUUUCCCGUCUCCUGCAAAAUUGUAUAAGCAGUGGAAGCCUUCAUGGGUAUAGGGUUUCUCAGGGUGGCCCGCAGAUUUCUCACCUUUUUUUCGCAGAUGAUAGCUUGAUCUUCUUCCGAGCAAGUGUUCAGGAGGCUUUGGAACUCAAGCGUAUCCUUCGCAUGUAUGAAAAUGCGUCUGGACAGGUGAUAAACCUUCAGAAAUCAUCUAUCUCCUUUAGUAGGUACACUCCUGUGGCUCUUCGGGACUCUGUAUGCUCAGUACUUCAGGUUGAGGAGAAACUAGAUUUUGAAAAUUAUUUAGGACUUCCUUCUCAUGUUGGGAAUAAUAAGAGGGAAGUGUUCAGUUUUGUUAAGGAUAGAUUGUGGAAAAGGCUGAAUUCUUGGAAGCAUUGGGCACUGUCUCAAGCAGGUAAGGAGGUUCUCUUGAAAACAGUCCUCCAAGCUUUGCCAAACUAUGUGAUGAGCUUAUUUUUACUUCCUCGGACUCUUUGUGAUGAACUGCAACGCAUGAUGACUAGAUAUUGGUGGAGUAAGGGGGCGGAUCAAAAUCGGGGUAUUCAUUGGUUGGGUUGGCACAGAAUGGCAAAGCACAAAUCUGAUCGCGGGCUAGGUUUCAAAAUUCUUCAUAAGUUUAACUUGGCCAUGCAUGGGAAGCAGGGCUGGCACAUUAUCAACAGGCCUCAAUCCUUAGUGGCUCGUGUCCUUAAGGCCCGCUAUUUUUCGACACAAUCUUUCUUUGAAGCUCCUUUGGGAAGUAACCCUAGUUUUUUGUGGCGCAGCAUAUGGGAAACUCGGGGUCUGAUUCGAGCUGGGGCUUACUGGAGGAUUGGGAAUGGUCAAUCAGUUUUAGUCUGGGGGCAACCCUGGUUGAGAGAGCUGCCUGAGUCUCUGGUUUCCAUAACCCCUCCUUUGAACUGUGCUAGAGUUGUUGUUUCAGAUCUCAUAAUUAACCACAGAUGGAACGAGAGUUUAAUUGCACAGAUGUUCAACGAAAGAGAUAGAAGUUGUAUUUUGAACAUCCCUCUUAGUCUUUCAUCGUGUUCUGAUACAUGGUGCUGGAAAUUCGAGCCCAAAGGUCACUAUUCGGUUAAGAGUGCAUAUAGGUUCCUGGUUGAUGGCUUUCGACAUAGGGAAGGGAGCGAGAUAUGGAAACGGUUCUGGAAAGCUAAAGUUCCCCCAAAAGUGCUCAAUUUCUGCUGGCGGGCUCUAGUUAAUGUUGUCCCUUGCCUCUCGUCACUUCAGUCCAAGAGAGUCCCAGUUGAUCCUUCAUGCCCGCUGUGUCAUGUAGCCCCUGAGAAUGUCUUGCAUAUUCUGAUUCAGUGCCCUUUUGCCCGCAGCUGCUGGAUAAGCUCGCCGUUGGGUUGGCCUGCGCCUUCUGCAUCUUCUUUAAAUGAGUGGUUUUCUUUAGCCUUCUCUUCUGCUUCUGUGGAAAAUGCCUCCCUUAUGCUAAUGAUCUUAUGGGCUUUGUGGCAAAAUAGGAACAAUGUUGUAUGGAAUGGCCAGGGUCAGACUGCGAGUGGUGUGUUCUUCAUGGCUCUAAAUUUUUUACACCACUGGAGAGCAGCCCAGGUCGUGUCCUCAGUAAGCACCAUUGUCGACCUGGCUCGCCCGAUCUGGUCUCCUCCGCCGCACGGUUGGAUUAAGGCGAACAUUGACACCUCUUUAAGCUUGCAACGAGGUUCGUAUCAGAUGUUCGCCGCUAUUCUUCGAUUUUUCAUAUUCGAAAGAGAUAGCUAUUCUCGAAAUCUGGAACACAAAGACUCGUUUGCAACUUCUUUUCCAUUUAUACUUCCUAUGAUGAUUUCUGUUUCCUUUUUUCUCUUCAAUAUGAACAUGAACAUUUCUUAUUCUCUUUUUGCAAAUAUGACUAGUUCAAGGAAUAAAUUUGCUGAAGUGGUGCGUUCUGCCCGCAAAGGUAAGGCUAUUGUAGGGGCUACUGGUCCCCCUACUAAGCGUGCUCGCCCAACAGAGGGAGUGAUCAUACUUCCUUCUCUCUCAGCCCAACCUAUAGCAGAAGAGCCGACCCCUUUACAGCUUGAAUCUUCUGCCUUGGGCAACUCUGCUUCUGCCCCAGCUUCUAAGCUUUCUGCUGCUGUCCCCACUCCUUCUGAGCAUGCUUUUGUGAAUGUGGAGGUUGAAUCUUUAUAG